AUGGCUACCGUCAUCACUAUCCAGCCUUCUUCCACGGCUGGUCCGGCUGGUUCUUCGGCCUACUCUCAACCCCAUUCACCCGAGCUGCGCCGACGAGCACCGACUACGACCUCGACUCCCAACCUCUCUCCGUCCCCCGUCUCCGUGAACUCGACUUUAACCGGCGCUCAAGGCCGGAAUGGGGCCAGCUGCGACGCUUGUCUCCGACGAAAGAGCAGGUGUGCCAUGAACGAGAUGGUCCACAAGUGCUACUCGUGCGAAUUUCACCGUCAAGACUGCACCUUCACCCUAUCCGCCGAGGCACCCACCAAGAAGAGGAAACUCGACGCUGUGCCGGAGCAUGCCGACUCCGUCAAACGACCCUCCACCGUCCAAUCUUCCAUCCCCGAGGAGCUUCCUCGACCGCACCAAGCCGCUAUGAUCCGCCCGGGCUUCUUCAACCAGACGACGCAGCAUAUCGGCAUGACCACAGAGUUGGAACCGGCUCUGCUGGAUCACCUGCCGCUGGAUGAGUACGACGAAUUCACAGUGCAUGCUUCCCGUAUUCGCAGGUGUGCCGACGACGGCACUUUCAUGAGAGUUGUCAACACUGUUCCUAUCGGUGACUCGCAGGCCGUGUCACUGGAUGCCAUUGAGAGCCUGGUCGCUCCGUACGGUGCCACAUUGAUCGAGAAGUUCUUCGACCACGUGCACCCCUCUUUCCCCAUUCUGAUGGAAGAUGCAUUUCGUCAAUCAUACCGUGAUCGUCGUCAGUUGUCUCCGCUGCUCCUGGCUGCGGUGUACGUGUUGACGUUGAAAUUCGUUGACGUCGGUGCGUCAUCGCAGACAGCACGGAAGCCCGAUGCGGCCCGGCUAGAGAGCGCGGCUUUGAAAUUGCUUCUCGAUUCGUUGCCCUUCCCUAGCAUUUCGACUAUUCAGGCUGGCUUAUUGUUGACGCAAAAGUCGACCUUGGCAACGGCGUCUUUGAAUGGGCAGUUGGUUACGGCAUGCUUCGAGCUUGGACUGCACCAGGAUUGCUCGAACUGGCGGAUGAAGACGUGGGAGAAGGGUUUACGAAAACGCCUUGCCUGGGCACUGUACAUGCAGGAUAAGUGGUCUUCGCUUGUGCAUGGCCGCCCCUCGCAGAUCUUUGCUUUCAACUGGACCGUCAAGGAUCUCGUUGAACAGGACUUUUCCGAUGCCUUUCUGUCCGGUACCGGCUCUGCACACGAUGAGGCGGCUGUCGGACAUGGCCCUCUCCUAUUUUGCCAUAUGGUGGCUCUUACGACCAUUUUAUCGGAUAUCCUGGAUCGAUUCUACACUCUCCGAGCCGUCGAGGACUUCCGAGCAGCUGGAAAUCAGCGCACGCGGAUAAUCCUGGAUAAAGCUAAGCCGGCCCAAAUCCGUCUGAAAGAAUGGUUCUCUUCCUUGCCGGCAUCUCUCAAGAUGGAAUCCUCGACCGGAGAGCUUGUCGAGACUAUCACCGAUGAGCAUGCCCGCAACGGCGCUCUACACCUCGCCUACUUCGCUACCGAAAUUACCCUCCACCGCUGCAUCGUCCGCUCUAUAGCUGAUGACGGCACUGACUCCUACCUCGCCCACAUCUGCCGGUCCGCCGCCAAAACCCGUCUCAUCUCUGCCAUGGACUUCGUGAACCGUCUCCGACCAGCACACCUGCGAUCCUUCUGGCCCGCCACCGCGCGCACGAACUUCUCGCUGAUUGGCUCCUUUGGCAUGUUACUGCGUGUCACCGCACCAGCCAGCGAAGAGGCAGAGUUCUACCGCCUUCGCCUCUGCGAGUACCGCUGGACCCUCAGCGUCAGCCACAAGAACGCCGAGUUCAUGAGCUUUGCGCUGGAGAGCCUCGAUAACCAGACGAUGCUGGAUAAGCACGUUCCCGAAAAGCCUAGCAUCGAGGAACUGAUCGCGUCCUCGGCCAAGCAGCCCGCUCGCCCGAACCACAUGUCUGCCUACGACGACGCCCUUGCCGAUGCAGAGACACAAGGCACGGGUCUCUCGUCAUCGGUGAUCUCCGGUCUCGCUUCUCCGGCUACGUCUGUCAGCGAUAUCGAGGAUCAGGAUACACACAUGCCACCUCUCUAA